AGUUAGUUUUGGAAGGAUCUGUUGAGGAGAUUCUUAAGGCCGGAGACCAGAUCUCUGAUAUGGAAAAUUUGGUGUCAGAAAGGACAGUUUCUGACAUGAGCCCACAUUUUUUGGCCUUCCUCAGGAGGGCAUAUGGAGGUCCAGGGGUGCUAAGUGACAUUUUAGGGUUUGGUGACAAGGUGGAAGUAGAGUUACGAGACACAGAGCUGCGUUUGUUCAGCCACUCUGCUGGAAAACUGGAUGAGACAGAGAAAAAACUGCAAGAAAAAUUCAAGGAAGUCAAGAUCUAUGUGCCUAACUGCUCUGCUGUGCUACCUGAGCUUCAGGAAAAGCUUAAGUCCAAGACAAAUGAGAUGAACCGAGGGCAGCAUAGGGCUCAGGUUGUGUUUGGCUCAGACAGCACAGUGUUUUUACUGGGCCACAAGAAGGAGGUCGAAGAGCUGAGUGAAACUGUCACACAGUUUAUUUUGGACCAGUCUUGUGUGCAAAGCAUAGUCGAUCUGCCUUUCCCAGAGUUAGCACAAGAGUUACCAGAAUUGCUGCAGCUGCAUGGUUUUGACUAUUCAGGGGGUAUUACUAGACAGAAUUUGGCAUCUGGUGCAAGAAUCUACAGCCUUUGUGGGGGACACCAGGGGCUGGUGUGUCAGUGUGACAUCACCGAACAGGAUGCUGAUGCCCUGGUGAACGCUGCCAAUGAAGAUCUGAAACACUUUGGAGGUGUUUCUGCUGCACUGAGUCAAGCAGGCCGUCCUGAAGCACAGAGUGAGAUGUCAUCUUCAAAGACGGUCAUCCUGCUGGGAAAAAGUGGAUCUGGGAAAAGCAACCUAGCUAACACCAUAUUUGGAGAAGAAUUAUUCAUCACAAACCAUUCUUCUGACUCUGAAACAACAAAAUGUCAAGCAAAAACCAAAUCUGUCAAUGGAAGAAGCAUCACCUUGAUCGACACUCCUGGUUUAUAUGACACAGAAAGGUCUGAGAAGGACAUAAAUCGUGAGAUAGUGAGCUGUAUCACAGAGUGCGCUCCUGGGCCUCAUGCUUUUCUCAUUGUGUUGAAAGUGGAGAAAUUCACAGAGCAGGAGCAGGCUGUCAUCAACAAAAUAUUCCAAAGUUUCUCUGAAGAUGCUCUAAAAUAUGCUGUCAUUGUCUUCACUCAUGGUGACCAGCUCCCUAAAGGGAUGAAAAUUGAAGAGUUUGUCAGUCAGAACAAGAAUCUGAGUGAUCUGGUGAAGAGGUGUGGAGGCCGGUGCCACGUCAUUGAUAAUAAAUACUGGAAGAACAAACAGCAGAACAACUACAGGAGUAACCAGUUCCAGGUGGAGGACCUACUCAACACAAUAGACAAGAUGACGAAGGUAAACAAAGGAAGCUGCUACACCAACGAGAUGCUACAAGUAGUGAAAAGAGAAAUACAUAGAGAGGAAGAGUGCAUUAGACUGUCAUCAGGAAACAUGUCACAGAAAAAGAUUAGAAUUGAAGCUAAAAUUAAUGUAUUUGAAAGGUUAUUGAUCAGAUCAGCAGGUAUUGCAACAGGUGCAUUGCUGGGUGCUUUGCUUGGUGUGGCAGAGAUGGUUGCAUCAACUGUUGGCAACUUUCAAAACCCUUCAGAUGUUUCAGCACUAGUAUCAACAGAAAGAGGAAGAGCAACAGUUGCAUCGGCCGCUCAACAUGGCGCAGUAAAGGGCGUUCUAACAGGAUAUAAUGCAGCUGAAGGAGCAGAAACUCCAGGUGAAGCCAUUCACAAUGCAGCGGAGGCUGUCUGGAACCAGUGUAGGAUUGCAGCAAAUCUAAACAUUUCUUUUUAGAUAAAACAUAUAAAUCAUGUUAAAACCAAUUACGGAGCAAUGGGGUGUUUGAUUUAUGGACUAGUGAAACAUUUAAAUAAUUUGUUGGAAACGAGGAUUUAACAUCUAAAACUAUUUUUUGACACUUUUCAUGACUUUGAGAUAAAGAAUAAGGUUUUGUUUUUACUCUGGGAGCCAAAUGUGUUUUGAGUAUUCAGAUAUUGGGUGUAGUUUCUUGUGUGUACCUUGGGUGUUACUCUGCUAUUACCUGGGGUCAAGGUUAUAAAGGUAGAAUUCAAACUGUUGUACGACAGGUGUUUUGACCCGCUAGUGUUUAGAGUGUGCAGUUUUACCACUGAAACAGGAAAAAUGGACAUUUCAAGCUGCACAGGAAAACGUAUUAUUCUGCAACACAACAACAGCCUGGAGAUUCUUGAGCACUAUACUGUUUAGCAACAUAACAUAAAGGCAGCGCGUCAGCCAGGUCACUCCUGGGCUAAUCCACCUCAGUAUCUAACAGUAUGAGACUCCUUUCAAAUUAGUCUUUAUUGAAGAGUUUUUGCAUUGGUGAGUGAUUCAACACUAACUGUGAUACCUUUUUAAUAAUUACUUCUGUAUUUUUAAAGAUUUCUCUUGCACUUUACAUGACUAUGAGAUGCUGAAUAUGUUGUACAUUUGUUAUGUUACUUUGUGUUUUAUUAUUUAAGUUAGUGUUUGUGUUACAUGUUGUAUAACAAUUAAACAGCUAUGUGCUUAUUUCUGUUUUCCAGUGUCUGUGUGCUGUACCACUUCAGUUAAUGUCACGUUAGUCUGGUUAUAUAGCAUGUUAAUACUCUCCAGCUGAAUACAACUGUUGCCAUUAAUGAACCGG